UGUUACAGAAAAAGUUCAAAACAAGCUAAGGAUCAACGACAACGACCCUAUCGAAAACAGACGAGUUACCUUGCAAGUUCGAAAUCGAAAUCAAAUCCUUAAUCACAGAAAUCUUGUAAUCAAGACUUUUCUCUAAUAAAUCUCUUGAGAAGACCUUCACCAAUGGAUAACUUCUUUUCGAACCUCAUGGAUGCCCUACUCGUAAGCAGGGAGCAGGUAUGGAUGAAAUAUUAAUUUGGCAAUUCUUAUAUUUAACGCCCUUGACUCCUCAAUGUUACUCAUUCUUUAUUUUCCCGUCAUUUCAGCCGUAUGAUGUUGUGUUUUCUAUUGGGGGAAGCAAUUUCUGGGGGCACCAGGCUAUUUUGUCAACUCGGAGCAAGUACUUUGAGCGAAUGUUUGAUGGAUGUGGUCGCAAUACCGAUAAGGAAGUGGUAGAACUCCAAGGUUUGGACCCCGGAGUUUUUGAAGAAGUACUCCAGUACUUCUAUACAGAAGAAAUAUCUCUAAAUAAUGGCACGGUUUGCGGUAUCCUUAAAACAGCCAAUUAUUUGGAAAUGGAGUGCUUGCGUUUGCGUUGUAAGAAAUAUUUGGAGACGGCCGUUAACAUCGAUGACAGUAUAGAUCUCUGGAAGUUGGCAGGGUCAAUAAAUGAUUCCGAAGUGGUGUCGAGUGUCCGCCAGUAUAUCAUUUCCAAUGUGUGUGACAUCAAACUUCUACCCAAAUUCCUUGAGCUUGAACUUGAUGAGAUGAAAAAAUUAGUCACCAGCGAAGGGUUGCAUUUAUCGUCAAGAUUAGUUGAAUUAAUGUAUGCAGGAAUUAUGGCGUGGAUAAACCACUCUAAUGAGCGAAAUGAGUAUUUGAUCGAGCUUCUGAAUCUUCUGAAAAUGGAGCACGUCAGCCGUGAAUUUUUCAACUCAGUGGUUUCAAAAGAAAAACUACUACUUGAUAAUAAGGAAGGCACCAACUGGCUUAUGAGACGAGUACCUAGGACAUUUGAUCUCCGCUGGCCUAGUCAAGUUAAAAGUUUAAACAGAUGGGGCUGCAAUUCCAAGAAGCAAAAUCCAACGGAACAGAUUCCAGCUACUAAGAAUAAUGCUAAGAGCUGUAUAGUCAAUGCAAAGGACAAACAUUUAAUCAUAGACGGUGAUGGGUCAUCUCCCUUGGUUUAUCGCACAGAAACACCGAGAUAUCGUAUGACAAGCGGGAAUUCUCUCCCAGAAACACCGAGAUAUUGUAUGACAAGCGGGAAUUCUCUCACAGAAACACCGAGAUAUCGUAUGACAAGCGGGAAUUCUCUCGCAGAAACACCGAGAUAUUGUAUGACAAGCAGGAAUUCUCUCACAGAAACACCGAGAAAUCGUAUGACAAGCAGGAAUUCUCUCACAGAAACACCGAGACAUUGUAUGACAAGCAGGAAUCCUCUCACAGAAACACCGAGACAUUGUAUGACAAGCAGGAAUUCUCUCACAGAAACACCGAGAUAUCGUAUGACAAGCAGGAAUUCUCACUUAGAAACACCGAGAUAUCGUAUGACAAGCAGGAAUUCUCUUAAUUCAAUUGAAUUUAUAAAGGAGGACUUGGAAGGAGGCCUAUACCGCUUGGGCCGACCCCUAAAUAAGUCAAGAAAUGAGUUUUCUGUCAUAGGCAGCAAUGAAGCUAGUUCAGUUUUUCUCCCCGUGAAGAAACACUUAAUCAUACUAGAUGACGCUGACAAGUGCUACGGAUUCAACGUCCACAGUAGGGAUAUAUUUUGUUUGGCGGACCGUCCCAAAACCCCAGGAUUCUGUGCUGUAAGUUUUCGCAAAAAUAUCCACGUUUUUGGUGGAUACAAUAACACCUGCGGUUUGGAAUACAAUGUGCGGUAUAAUACAUGGAAAGAGAAAUCUAUCUGGAGUGACUUUCAACAUCAUUCUGGCGCAGUUGUUGACACUUUUGCUUAUAUAACAGGCGGUUAUCACGACGAGUUUUGCCAAAAUUCGGUAUACCGGUAUGACUUUGAGUCUAACAGAAUAGAUUUGCAACCAAGAAUGAUAUUGAAUCGAGCGAGCCACGGCACUGCGGCCUAUGAAAAUUGCAUUUACGCAUGUGGUGGAGUAAAUGGGGGAGAUGCUUUUGACUUGGACUUGGCUGAACGUUUUGAUGUCCGAGAAGGAAUAUGGAGUUGCCUGCCGAGUAUGGCUUAUACAUAUGGCAGUUGUACCGCAACCAUGCAUGACGGUUCCCUAUACGUUUCAAACAGCUUAAAUGGAGUCUGCGAACGAUUUGAUUUUCGACGCAAUCAAUGGGAGUCACUUCCUCGAGCCCCUGGUCCUAUGGGGUCGAUUGUUUCUUACGACAGCAAACUGUAUCGUGUUUAUAAUGGCGGAAUAGCGGUCUAUUCGGAAUCGAAUGCUUCUUGGGAUCGAAUCCUCAGUUUUAAUUUCAUCCAGCCCACAGUUUGCAGUUUAUGAGCCAGCUCCAGAAACCAAUCACCAUCAAGCACAGUUCACACAAUUCAAUAGCAUUAACGUCAUGCAUGUAUGUUUUCAGGUUGGAAGAAUAAAUAUCUAAUCAUA